AUGGCGGCGGCGUAUAGCGUCGAGCGGCUCUUAAAAGCCAAAAAGCUAUUUCCCCCCAAGUCGAAAGAGGUACCCUCGGCCAAGCUCAUCCGACAGGCCCAAGGGCCAGUCUACAACUUCCGUCCCCGAAGCGGGCUCAAAAGACGAGGAAAGAAUCCCGUGUGGGUUGCCGAGAACAAGAAGGACGCGAAUUAUAUACCCCCGGCCGGUGACUCUGAUUCUGACUAG